CGACGGCGGCGGGAGGUUCGGUUGUCGCCCGUUGGCCGCGCGGCGCCGCGCUCGGCGGCCGCCAUUGCAGUUUAUUUUCAGUUGCUUUUUAAAGAAGGAAAGCUCAUGGUGCAAAUUGUUAUUUCCAGUGCGGGGGCUGGAGGCCUGGCAGAAUGGGUGCUGAUGGAGCUACAGGGGGAGAUCGAGGCUCGCUACAGCACUGGAUUAGCUGGAAACCUCCUGGGAGACCUACAUUACACCACUGAGGGAAUCCCUGUGCUGAUCGUGGGACAUCAUAUCCUGUAUGGGAAAAUCAUCCAUCUGGAGAAACCUUUUGCGGUCCUUGUCAAACACGCUCCUGGGGAGCAGGACUAUGAUGAGCUUAGCCACGAGACUGGCACCCGGUACCUGGUGACGGCACUCAUCAAAAACAAGAUCCUUUUCAAAACCCGCCCCAAGCCCAUUAUCACCAACAUCCCCAAGAAAGUAUGA